AUGUGCCAAGUGGAGUUUGAGAUGGCCUGCGCUGCUAUCAAGCAGUUGAAAGGGCCGGUGAGUGAUCGGGAGAAAUUGUUGGUGUACAGCUUCUACAAACAGGCCACUCAGGGCGACUGCAACAUCCCUGCCCCACCUGCCACCGAUGUGAAAGCCAAGGCCAAGUGGGUGGCGUGGAACGAGAACAAAGGGAUGUCCAAGAUGGACGCCAUGAGGAUCUAUAUUGCCAAAGUGGAAGAACUAAAGAAAAAUGAAGCUGGCUAGGGAGGACAGAGUGUCAAACAGAAUGAAGUAGCAUGGCUCUUCUGGUAGGGAAUGGGGCUUCUUAAAAGACCUUGAUGGCAGAAAUGUCCCGAAACCGUAACAACCGUAUCUGAGACAUCAAUAAAUCACUUAAGCUGCA